AUGUUCCGUGCCGCGGUCCUCCUCGCUUGCUUGGCGCUCUGCCAGAGCCACGCGGUGUUGCCAGUAGUGCCAGCGGUGCACACUGCUCCUCUAGUCGUCGCUCCUCUCCACCACGGCUACGCUGGACAUGAUCUCUAUGGACACGGCCUUCUCGGGCACGGGCUGGUGGCUAAGCCUCUCGGACACCACCUGUGGAAGCGGUCUCCUCACUACGUCGCCCCCUUGGCUCAUGCGGCGCACGGUUACGCUGUGGCCCCAGUAGCGGUGGCCCCAGUGGCCCACGUGGCCCCGGUAGCCGUGUCUCACCAGUCCCGUGUGGACGUACAUUCGUCCCCUGCAGUGGUUGCUGCUCCGGUACUGCCUGUCAUCAAGCCUGUGGUUGCCCCAGUGCUUGCUGCCCCUCUCCUGCACAAGCCUUUAGUUGCUGGUCCUUACUAUGGACUCGGAGGCCAUUAUGCUGGCCACUAUGGCGGUCUCGGUCAUGGACAUUACUAUAAGUAG